CUCUCCUCUCCCUCAGGGUUUAGCAGAGCUGCCCUGCCGUUUGGCUUAGUGCGGAGAGAGCUGUCUUGUGAGGGUUACCCCAUUGAUCUUCGGUGUCCAGGCAGCGAUGUCAUAAUGAUUGAAAGCGCCAACUAUGGCAGAACAGACGACAAGAUUUGCGACGCCGACCCCUUCCAGAUGGAGAACAUCAACUGCUAUCUUCCAGAUGCCUACAAGAUCAUGUCACAAAGAUGCAACAAUCGGACCCAGUGUGUUGUGAUCACAGGUUCAGAUGUCUUCCCUGACCCGUGUCCAGGGACCUACAAGUAUCUGGAGGUCCAGUACGAGUGUGUGCCCUACAGUCCAUGUCCAACCAGAAUAGGAUCAAGAGCACAGAAUGUUUCCUAUCACAACUGCCCUGAAGUGGAGCAAAAAGUUUUUCUUUGUCCUGGGACUCUGAAAGCUGUCGGUGACCCUUCCUUUCGGUUUGAGGUGGAGCAACAAGCUGGGGCCUGGUGCAAAGACCCGCUUCAAGCUGGCGACAAAAUCUACUUCAUGCCUUGGACUCCAUAUAGGACAGACACAUUAAUCGAAUAUUCCUCCCUGGAUGACGUCCAAAACGCCCGGCAGACCAUCACCUACAAGCUGCCUCACCGGGUGGACGGGACUGGAUUUGUGGUCUACGACGGGGCCGUGUUUUUCAACAAGGAGCGCACGCGCAAUAUUGUGAAGUUUGACCUGAGGACUCGCAUCAAAAGUGGCGAGGCCAUUAUCAAUAACGCCAACUACCACGACACGUCCCCCUACAAGUGGGGAGGCAAAACAGACAUCGACCUGGCGGUAGACGAGAAUGGGCUUUGGGUGAUCUACGCCACUGAGCAGAACAAUGGCAUGAUGGUUAUCAGUCAAUUGAACCCGUACACGCUUCGGUUUGAGGCUACCUGGGAAACUGCGUAUGAUAAGCGCUCAGCCUCCAAUGCCUUCAUGGUUUGUGGAGUAUUGUACGUUGUGCGCUCCACCUAUGAAGACAAUGAAAGCGAGGUCAGCAAAAGUCUGAUAGAUUACGUUUAUAACACCAAACAGAAUCGUGGGGAAUUUGUCGAUAUCCACUUUCCCAAUCAGUACCAGUACAUUGCAGCUGUGGAUUAUAAUCCCAGAGAUAACCAGCUCUAUGUGUGGGAUAACUUUUACGUCCUGAGGUACAACCUGGAGUUUGGCCCGCCUGACCCAGCACAUGCACCGCCUCUGUCGGAAGUCACUACAGCCACACAGCCUCAGAGAACUACGACCGUCACUACAACAACCACAGCACACUGGGGUGCGGCCAACACUACCACAACGGUGCUUAAGGAGGGCAGCAGGCGAGCACCCAAGCCGCCGCCUGUAAUCCCACAGACGACUUCUCCUCCGCCUCUGGAGUCCUUCCCCUUACCUGAGCGGUUCUGCAAGGCCACUGAGAAAAGAGACAUAAUGUGGCCUCAGACCCAGAGGGGCAUGCUGGUGGAGCGACCUUGUCCCAAGGGAACACGCGGCACGGCAUCUUAUUUAUGUCUUCUUUCCACUGGGGACUGGCACCCAAAGGGCCCUGAUCUUAGCAACUGUACCUCCCACUGGGUCAACCAGCUGGCCCAGAAGAUCCGCAGUGGUGAAAAUGCAGCUAACUUGGCCAACGAGUUAGCCAAGCACACCAAAGGCCCGAUAUUCGCUGGUGAUGUCAGCUCCUCUGUGCGUCUGAUGGAGCAGCUGGUGGACAUCCUCGAUGCUCAGCUGCAGGAGUACAGGCCCAGUGAGAAAGAUUCUGCCGGAAGAAGCUUCAAUAAGCUUCAAAAACGAGAACGGACAUGCAGGGCAUACAUGAAGGCCAUGGUGGACACGGUGGACAACCUUUUGCGACCAGAGGCCCUAAAGUCAUGGCGCGACAUGAACAGCACAGAGCAAACUCAUGCCGCCACCAUGUUACUGGACACUCUGGAAGAGGGUGCCUUUGUCCUCGCUGACAACCUCAUGGAGCCUGCAAUUGUCAAGGUUCCUGCAGACAAUAUAAUCUUGGAUGUGUAUGUGCUCAGCACAGACGGCCAAGUCCAGGACUUUAAAUUUCCACAGUCCAGCAAGAGUGGGAUCUCGAUCCAGCUGUCUGCCAACACCGUCAAGCUCAAUAGUCGAAAUGGAGUUGCCAAGCUAGUUUUUGUGCUGUACAAAAACCUGAGCCAAUUCCUCGGCACAGAAAAUGCCACCAUCAAGAUGGCAAACGAGGCCUACGGUCGCAACGUGACGGUGGCUGUCAAUUCUGACAUCAUCGCUGCUUCGAUCAACAAAGAGUCCAGCCGGGUGUUUAUUAAUGACCCCGUCAUUUUCACCUUGCAGCACAUUGACAUGGAGCACUACUUCAACUCCAAUUGCUCCUUCUGGAAUUACUCUGAGAGGAGCAUGAUGGGCUAUUGGUCCACCCAAGGCUGCAAACUUCUGGACUCCAAUAAAACGCACACCACCUGCGCAUGCAGCCAUCUCACCAACUUUGCCAUUCUUAUGGCGCAUCGAGAAAUUUCAGGCAGCGUUCGAGAUCACCACGAGCUGCUGCUCACCGUCAUCACUCGGGUCGGCAUAGUGGUGUCCCUCGUCUGCCUGACUAUCUGCAUCUUCACCUUCUGCUUUUUCCGGGGCCUGCAGAGCGAUCGCAACACCAUCCACAAGAAUCUGUGCAUUAAUCUCUUCAUUGCAGAGUUAAUAUUCCUAAUUGGUAUCGAUAUGACAGAACCCAGGAUUGGAUGUGCCAUCAUUGCUGGAAUCCUCCAUUUCUUCUUCCUGGCUUCCUUCUCCUGGAUGUGUCUGGAGGGAGUACAGCUAUACCUCAUGCUCGUCGAGGUCUUUGAGAGCGAAUACUCUCGAAAAAAGUACUACUAUGUGUCGGGGUACCUCUUCCCGGCAAUCGUGGUUGGCGUCUCAGCAGCCAUCGACUACGGCAGCUACGGGACCCACAAAGCGUGUUGGCUGAGUGUAGACAAUCAUUUCAUAUGGAGCUUUAUAGGACCAGUCACCUUCAUCAUCAUGCUCAAUCUCAUCUUCCUGGUAAUCACGAUGUACAAAAUGGUGAAGCACUCUACCACCCUGAAACCAGACUCGAGUCGACUGGAGAACAUAAAUAAUUAUCGCGUUUGUGACGGCUACUAUAAUACAGAUUUGCCUGGCUAUGAAGAUAAUAAACACUUUAUCAAGUCUUGGGUCAUGGGAGCUUUCGCCCUGCUGUGCCUGCUCGGUCUCACAUGGUCCUUUGGCCUCUUCUUCAUCAGCGAGGCCUCCAUUGUCAUGGCAUACCUGUUCACAAUAUUCAACACCUUCCAAGGAAUGUUUAUCUUCAUUUUCCACUGCCUUCUUCAGAAAAAAGUCCGCAAAGAGUACAGUAAGUGCUUCCGCCACACGUACUGCUGCAGAGGGCUGCCAACCGAGAGCUCGCACGGUUCCACAAAGACUUCCACGACACGGACGAGUGCGCGCUACUCUUCUGGUACACAGGUAGACCAGCAGCUUUACACAAGUCGUAUCAGGAGAAUGUGGAAUGACACCGUAAGAAAGCAAUCUGAGUCCUCCUUUAUCUCAGGUGACAUCAACAGCACCUCCACCCUUAACCAAGGAAUGACUGGGAAUUACCUACUAACAAACCCUCUCCUGCGACCACAAGGCACUAACAACCCUUAUAACACCUUACUGGCUGAGACAGUCGUGUGUAACACCCCCACAGCUCCAGUGUUUAACUCACCAGAGAGACAAGUAUGGGAGUAAAACUUAACUUUGCCUAUCAAAUGUAAAUUUUUUUCAGCAUGCUUAUUUAAAACAACCCCAAACCCUCGGCACAAUCACUGGUUUUACUUUAGGCCAUUAACACACACUCAAGUGGAGAGCAAGUGGUUCACAAAAACAAUAUAAAUCAAAAUAGCUCAAUUUGAUCAUUUUAAGGAAUCUUUCUACUCCUGAUAGAGUUGUCCUGAAUUUGCCCACUACUCUGCUUUUCUUUGUUUGGUUUGUUUUUUUACUGACCAAAAAUAUGUUUUUUGUUUUUAUUUUUUAAAGAAGAAAACCCCUUUUAUAAAAAAAAUAUUUCCUCCCCCACCCCCUCUCUCCACCCCACUGUCUGUCUUCGUUGUCCUGGUGUGGCACUCUGCAGUCUCAGUGUCCACUAUUAUUCCUGUCACCGUGUUUCAGACAGCAACUUGUCUGGACACUAAAUUGCCUCCUAGCAGGCAUUAACACAUAGAUGUCACAGCAGCAGCUGUUACAUUUCCUUUUUUUUUCCAUUCAGGACUUAUUGGCCUUUAUCCUAACUUUGAAAAGAUUCUCAAAAGACUGCUCAUCUAAAACUGCUCCCCACACACUGCCUUCUCCCUUACUCUUUCCUUUCUUUAUAGUGACCAUUUCAAAACAUAAGUUCCCUUAGUGCUCUAAAUCUUAUUAUUCUACAAGGAGGAAACCAUCCAUUGCAGAGAACAUUUUUCUCCUUAUCUCCUCUCUCAAUCAUGACAUAAAUAAUAUUUACAUUUUGUAGGGCUGCUUUCCAUGACCUCCAUGCUUCGAGACAUUCCUAACACAACCACAUCUGACCUCUGCAGUGGCUGUGCUUUCCUGAGCUGUUCUCCCAAUGACCUGGGUCUCAAUGGGAACUGUUACAAUGACGGAUGCCAAGUGCCGGGCUGUGGGCAAUCUCUGACCUUUACCAGCUCUGGGUACACAAGCUGCCAACUAACGGGCAGCAAGUGUACCACAGUAAAGUCACCAAAAAUGGGACUUUUCUUCAAAGCAUUGUGCCUUGCAAAAGUGUUCUUAGCCCUUCUCAGCAUCAGUGUUUUUAACAUGAAUUCAGGAG